AAAGGUGGAAGGCAAAAAAAAAACCCUCCUCUCCGGAGAAUGUCGGAGGCUUCUUCCCUCCAAACCCUUCCACCCGAUGCCCCCACCUUCCCCACUCCCCUCCAUAACCCUAACCCUAACCCUAACCCUAACCCUAACGCGAACCAUCCUUCAUCGUCUUCUCCCUCGUCCCAACAAUGGAUGGCUCUGGCGCGAGCUUGGCUCUCCUCCCUCCCGCCCAACCACACUCCCACGGCGAGCGAGGUGGACUCUUGGAUCGACUCCCACCUCUCCUCCCUCCCCGACGAUCUCCGCUCCAUCCCUCGCCCGCACCUCCAUCAGAGGCUGCUCUCCUCGAUCCCCACUCGCCAGGCAGAGGAGGGGAGGGAGCAGGUGGAGUUCCCCUACAGGUUCCAGCGUACGGAUCUGUGGAAGCCCGUGUACGGGUGGUUGGAGUCGCUGGAUAAGGAUGUGUUGGUGAAUGGGAAGGAGAUCUCGGAGUGGUUGUCGUCGAACCCCAACGUGAUGGAGAGGUUGUUCGAGAAGCAUUCGCGGUACCAUCUGAUGCACUAUAUUCAGAGGCUGCAUUUGAAGUUGUUGAAGAAGAAGGGCAAAUUGCCCAAGGGUCUGCAGCUUUCGGCAGCCAGGGCUUCAUUGAAGGUCGCCAAUAGUGGGACAACAUCACGGGAAGUGCCUACUUCAUCCAAAUUUUCAGUUGGGGCAGUAAGAGACAAUAAGGUGUUAUCAAAAAAGAAAGAAGCUUUUCUCAGAUAUAAACUUUUAACAGAUUUGCAGAACCAAUUAUCUAGUGUCGUCUCAAAACACAAACCUGCCAUUGACACUAGCGAAGCUCGCCCAUCAUGCACCGUUGUACAGAAGCCUGAAACAAAUAUCAGUAGUCGGUUGUCCGAUACUGGAAAAAAGGAUGGAAGCACCAGGAAUUCGCCUAGAGGUGCAUCAUGCUCUCAGGAUGUAGUAAGAAUACAUGUUUCUGAACAAUCAAAGCCUAAACAAUUCCCAGAGACAAAGUUUGGGCAAAAAAGAAAGAGGAACCCUAUCAUUGUUACUCCUGCAUGGUCUUACAGUGAAACUUCAUGUGGAGCAUCACGAAUUGACCAACCUUCAAGUUCACAACGCGAAGAAGGAAGGAAGAUCAAUAUAUGGAAAGGAGAUACUUCUCCAUUUUCUCAGAGAAUAAGCAGGAAAAACAUAUUAAUUUGUUUAGACGGUCGAGAAAAAGGUGCCAGCUGGCCAAUGGCAUGCUCUCGCGGUUGUUAUGCUGGCAGAAAUCGGGAAAGAUGGGUCCCAUUUUUUGAAGGGUGGCGAUCACUUGGGAGUCAAUUUGAGGGCUCUGCUGUGACUCUCGAGAGAAGAAGUUAUUCGUCUUGGAUUCCUACUUGGUGUGCCUAUAUGUCAAGUGCGGCUGUGGCUCACCGUAAUGGCAGGCAAGGCGUUCAAAAGGUUCUUAAUGUGAGGUUCCACCCAGAAGGGCUGCCUCAGCUGGUUUGCUGCUCUAAUCAGACGCCUAAUGAAUUAUUACUCUACAAUCUUCGUUCUGGAAGGGCUAUUCAACUUAAUGGUCAUAAUUGUCAGAUCCAGUCCAUUGAUUUUGCAGUUAGAGGUGCAAGUGUAGUUUCGUGCGGUUCUAACUUACUAAAGGUUUGGGACUGCAUUACUGGUUCUUGCCUCUAUACAUUGGGGGGUGAUGACCAAGCCUCUGUUGGGCAUACACAAAAAAUCAAUGCUAUGAUUGUCAAUAAAUGGCAGUCCUGUCUUGUAGUCACUAGUGGUGCCAAAGGGGAUGGGAAACUUCUUUUGUGGAAUGCGCUGAGGGGUGAACUUGCAACUGACCUAAAUUCAUGUUUGAGGAUCCAAGACCUGGUUUAUCCUUCCAUUAAUGUGAUGGAGUUUUGUAGUGAGAACCUUCUGGCAUGUGGAAGUGAUUGUGAAUAUGGUGGUGCUGCUGUUGUGCAACUAUGGGAUAUUGAAUCUCCAGAAUCCUGUCUUACUUUCCCUGCAAAUGAUUCUUACAUUACUUCACUGAAAAUAAAUCCUGCUGGAAAUACUUUAAUCACAGGUGCUGGUGAUGGAACUAUCGGCUUAUUUGACAUGCGGACUUGUGGUGCAAUCAAUCAUCUUUCUGUGGGUCCUGGUUAUGAGGUGACAUCUGUUUCAUUCAGCAGUUGUGGUACCUAUUUUGCUGCCUCUAGUACUUCAAAUAACACCUUGGUCUGGGAUACACGACUCCUUCCUAUGAAUCAUAGACAGAUGUCUACAGAUGUAUCUCGUGAAACCAAUGAUAUGCGUUUCUUUAGGCCUUUACAUUGUUUGAGCCAUGGGAGGCAAAUGCCUACUGCAGAACAAACAGGUCAACUCCCUGGCCAUGUUAAUGAGGGCGAUCAAGGUGUAAAUGACGCUCGUUGGCUUCGAAAUGAGCCCGUAUUGGUUAGUGUGAGCGGUGAUGGGAGCAUGGCAAUGUGGGAUGUUACCCUCGGACAGCCUCUCGUGAGACGUAUUACCAGCCAUACAAGAUGUAUUAAUGCGGUUGCCGUGGCUCCGAAUGAUGAAUAUAUUUGCACCGGGGGGGACGAUCAAAAAGUCGUUCUGUAUCAUAAUAAAAGUAGAAGGGCUCGCCCGAAUUGGCGCCUCUCUCACCCUCUGACCGGAAAAGAUUAACAUCCUCAACAAUGCGGUAACGCCAAGUUCUACAGUGUCCAACUUGAGCUGAUGUAAGAUAUUUGUUGUAUUCGUGCCAUAAACAGGUGUAAAUUAACAGCUAAACCCGUAAAUUUUAGAUUAUUUUGUCCUAAUACUCAGACCACCUAGCCCAUGUAAUUUUCCCUAACUUUCUGUGCCGUUUGAACUAUUGAUGCAAGUAAAUGGAGCGAAAGUGAUUAGGUUUUCAAUUAAA